AUGACCGUAGGGGAGCUGACUAGAGAUAUCAAGACGGGCAAGAGAUGGAAAGACGGCCAGAAGAUCCGAGAAGCUGAUCUCGAGAAAAAGCGCGACGCCCUGAAACAGCGUCUCAUCAACCAGGGCAAGCUGCAAGAGGGUGAAGACCUACCCAAGGAGAGCUCAGAGGCCGGCACGCCGGUGCCCAAUGGCUCCACUCCUGCGCCGGCACAAGCCCCUCCAUCCCCGGUCCAGGACCUGCCUACAGGCAUCUCUAUCCGUGUUUUGAACGGGCAGAUUGUUGCCAACGAGGAGUCGGCACAGUACGACCGCCAUGCCGAGGCGGCCAGGAACCGCGGCGAGCUUGAGGUCAGGGAGGAGAACGAGUUCAGCAACCGCGUAAACCAACAGUCGCACAUGAAGCGGCUGCCGCCCAAGAGCAACUGGACUCAUGAGGAGACGGCCAAGUUCUACCACGGCCUGCGCAUGUUCGGCACCGACUUCAACAUGAUUUCCAAGAUGUUUGGUGGCGAUAGGACCAGGCGGCAGAUCAAGCUCAAGUUCAACCGCGAGGAGCGUGCCAAUCCCGUCGGUGUAAACAAGUGUAUUAUCGGGGAGAAAGACACCGCCAUGGACUUGGACGCCGUCGGCGGGGCAGAGGGUCUCGAGGACUCCAAGGUCAUCGAGGAUGAGCUUGCCCGCCUGCGGGAGGAACGCGAGGCCGAGACAAAGCGCCUCGAGGAGGAGCUCGCCGCUGAAGCCAAGAGGAAGCGGGAUGAGCUGCUGGGCAAGAGGAAGGGCGACCCCAUCAGCGGCAAGGACAAAGGCGGCAAGGGCCAACAGUCGGGACACGGCGGGGAUGGCGACAUGGGUGGCGCCCCGAACGGCUCAUCCUCUGCAGCAGCAGCCAAGGACAAGGCCAAACACAAGGAGGAGCCCAACCCCGGUGCCAAAUAUGGUGUCGGCAUCGAUCCCGAUGUCAUCGAUGAGACCGACCUGCCCACAAACUCUUCGUAUGGCCGUGGAACCGGCCGUGGGCGCGGCGGGAGGGGUGGGCGGCGCGGUGGCAAGGUGUCCUCUGUAUUUGCCAGCGGUUUCGGCGUUUGAAUAAAGUUUGGUUCCGGCAGGAUCAAGGCGUAGUAGGAUUGGGAUUUAGUUGUCACCUUCUUGGGCGUUGGGCUACGGAUCAGCAUCGAGAUUCAUGAAGGGGGAGGAUGAAAGUAGACACUGACUGCUGUCACCAUGGCGUUCGGCUCAGGUUGAGCCCGGUUGGUGUCUUUCAGAAAGGAGUAGCUGCGAUGUGCUUGCUCAGGCUAGAGUGGGAGGUCAUCUCCCCGGGUCAGAUAAUAUCUUUAUCGUACAUGGCAGGAC